AUGACUUUUAUACACAUCUACAAUUUCGUAGUGCAAAGACUGUUUAUACUUUUGGUAUAUUCAUUAACUAAUAUAAAUGCUAAAGUUGGCGUUGAUGACUGUCAAAUUACUCCUGUCAUACAUGUUUUACAAUAUUCGGGCUGUGUUCCAAAACCAAUACCAAGUUUUGCUUGUAUAGGGCAAUGUAGCAGUUACUUACAAAUAUCUGGUUCUAAAAUAUGGCAAAUGGAGAGAAGUUGUAUGUGUUGUCAAGAAAGUGGUGAAAGAGAAGCAAGUAUAUCCUUGUUUUGUCCAAAAGCUAAAGCUGGUGAACGAAAAUUCCGAAAGGUAAUUACAAAAGCUGCAUUAGAUUGCAUGUGUCGACCAUGUACCGAUAUCGAAGAAUAUGCAAUCAUUCCUCAAGAAAUUGCAGAUUUAGCUGAUAAUGGACCGUUCACAAGUGCAGCUCAUUUUAGACAUACUUUAUAA